AACCUUUCCUCUAUACUAAUCAAAUUCAGCUCACAAUCACACGUAAUGCAGCGCUGUAAGGGUUACUGAAACGCUGGAGCAUCAUCAUCAUCAUCAUCAUCCUCCCAUGGGCUGUGUCGUCUGACUGUCACAAAGAUGCAACAGAUCUUUCCCAACAAACUGAUGAUAACCUUCGACAACAGAUGAUUUGGCCUUAACAUCGCAGACGCUAUUCAGCAAGGUUUUAUUGUAAAUUCAUUGUUGUGAUUAAGGAAUAAUGCGCGCGCAGGAUGGGAUUUACUAAUUCAAACGACAAGGUGACGAGAGUUUUGAAAGAGAUGAAAUUGGGAGAAUUUUUAGAGUUGUGUGACUUUUAUUUGAACUAACCUGCUUUUCUUUAUCAAUGUGAUAAAUGCCGAAGCGCUCGCGCUUAAUUCUGUCGUGAUACGCGGAAGGUUUGCUCAUGUUUUGGGGUUAACUAUAGUGUCAGAGUGCCCAUGAAUGAGGAUCAACGCAAGCAUCCUCCCUUAGACUGAGACUCGAGAAGAGUUUCUCCGUUAACAGGUGGUUCUUCGCGCCUCUGAUGGUCAUGUUGACGCCGGAAACUCACUACAGUUGUUCGACUUUUAUAACUGACGACAGCUGCGCAGGUUUAGAAAGCCAAGAGAGUUACUAGGUAAAAGCCUCUUCAUCGAAAUCUAUGAUCAGCUCGGUGUGUGUUUCGUCGUACCGCGGGCGCAAGUCAGGCAACAAACCUCCUUCCAAAUCAUGUCUGAGGGAAGAGAUGGCCAGAGGGGAAGACUCGGACAAAAUCAUCAUCAACGUUGGCGGCACGCGCCACGAAACCUACAGGAGCACCCUUAGGACCAUACCGGGCACGAGACUCGCCUGGCUCGCCGACACGGACAACCAAGGGAACCCGGACGCAGACACGGGACAGACGCCCACCACCACCACCACCAGCGAAUUCUUUUUUGACCGACACCCGGGCAUAUUCGCCUACGUGCUGAACUACUACAGGACUGGCAAGCUCCACUGCCCGGCGGAUGUGUGCGGCCCUCUGUUUGAAGAGGAGUUGGCAUUUUGGGGCAUUGAUGAGACGGACGUGGAGCCCUGUUGCUGGAUGACCUACCGCCAGCACAGGGACGCAGAAGAGGCGCUUGACAUGUUCGAACCGCCAGAUCCGGAGGAUGCGGAGGACGACCAGGACUUGCCCAGACGCUUCGGCAUUGAAGACAGCCCUGACCGCUCCAGGGGGUGCUGUGAAGUUUGGCAACCAAAAAUAUGGGCGCUCUUUGAAGAUCCAUAUUCUUCGCGUGCAGCCCGGAUAAUUGCCUUUGUCUCGCUCUUUUUCAUCCUGGUGUCCAUCACCAACUUCUGCCUGGAGACCCAUGAGCACUUUAAUGAGCUUCAUAAUCGCACUGAAACAUUUUUAGUGGGAAACACCACCAUCACCAACUACACCCUGGAGAUGGAGACCAAACCAGUGCUCACGCUGGUGGAGGGAAUCUGCGUGUUGUGGUUUACCUUUGAGUUCCUGGUCCGCAUCAUAUGUUGCCCGAACAAGCUUCUCUUCGUCAAGAACAUGCUGAAUAUCAUUGACUUUGUAGCCAUCCUGCCCUUCUAUCUAGAGAUGAGUUUGAGUGGCCUCACAUCUAAAGCUGCCAAGGAUGUCCUGGGCUUUCUGCGUGUAGUCCGUUUUGUGCGCAUCCUACGGAUCUUUAAGCUCACGCGACACUUUGUGGGUCUCAGGGUUCUCGGCCACACCUUGCGGGCGAGUGUCAAUGAGUUUUGCCUGCUUAUCAUCUUUCUUGCGCUCGGGGUGCUCAUCUUCGCCACCAUGAUCUACUACGCCGAACGUUUCGGCGCAAAUCCCAGAGAUCCUAGUGACUGCAGCCACACUCACUUCAAGAACAUUCCCAUUAGCUUCUGGUGGGCGGUGGUCACCAUGACGACAGUAGGUUAUGGGGACAUGUACCCUAAGACGUGGCUGGGCAUGAUGGUCGGCGCGUUAUGCGCAGUAGCGGGCGUGCUUACCAUCGCCAUGCCGGUGCCUGUUAUCGUUAACAAUUUUGGGAUGUACUACUCCCUAGCUAUGGCCAAGCAGAAGCUGCCCAAGAAGAAGAAGAAGCACAACCCAAACCCAGACAUGGUGGUGGACUCAGCCUCAUUUGGGAAGUCUGAAAGCAACUCGCCAAGGAACAGCACACAGAGCGACACCUGCCCCCUCGCCGCUGAGGAGAACAUCGGAAGAAACCGCUCAGAUUCAAAGCAGAACGGUGAUGCCAAUGUUACUCUUUCAGAAGAGGAGGGCUGCAGUCUGACCCAACCGCUCUCUCCGAGCGACAGGUGGACCGUCCGAUGUUCACGCAACAGAGACAAGACCAUGAAAGAGUCAACUUGCUUCCUGCUGAAUUCUGGAGACUUUUCUUGUGGAGCUGACCCCACCAUCCACACAGAGAGCUGUAAAGACACUCUCACAUCCCCAGCUAACUACACUCAAGCAGAAGUCACCACCCUGACCUGAGGGGGUUUGUCCUGAUAGGACUCUUCUGAGAUAUUCACCAAUCAUUCAUCUUCUCAUCAGUCAUGCAUCAUCUGUCUCAGUGAAGGGUGCGAUACCCCUGUAGACUGGUAAAAUGUGAAUGAUUUCUAGUCAAAUCAUCAUGUACGUCUGUCUCUUUAAAAUAUUACUGGUGAUCAGUUUUGCUUAAGACUCCAUUAAAUCAAAAUAGGAUCAUUCUAAAUGCUUGUUUAAUGCUGAAAGUUUACAAAAUAACUUUUUUAAAGGACAAACCCUUCAGCCCUUCUUUUGUUAUGUCAGCACAGGAAAGAAAACUCUGUGGUGUCUUUAAAGUCUCCGUGAACCAGAAGUUGCAACCGACUUUACUUCAGUGUUGUGACGUAUUUCCAAGUGAAACGGAAUAUUAAAUAGAGGGCGGAGUUUAAUUUUAGCGCACCUCCUCUCCAUCCCUCGCUCAUAGCAGACUGACGGCUGGAGGGGAGUGGUUAAGGAUAUUCAACCCAAGCCGUCAAACUGACUUGAUCAAAGAAGGAACACCAUUCCAGAGCGGAAGCAAAUUUUCAGAUCUUGAUUAAAGAUUACCACGUCAAACUAAUUUUUUUUUCUGUGUAUUAACUUGCACGGAUUAAUUGUUCACCACGAGACUGGUAAUGUGUGCUAACAAAGUAAAUAGGGUCAAUUUCAUGAUGACUUUAAGAUUUUUAUUGAUUUUUCUCUCACUGAGUCUGUAAUAUUUCUGUUAUAUACAAGAUUCUCUACAAAAAUUGUCAAGAUUAUGUAUCUAAAAGUGCAAAAUCAGACUAAGAUCAUUAGAAAUGUCCAGUGUUCCUGUUCUUGAUACACUACCGUUCAAAAGUUUGGGUCUGUUAGAUUUUUAAAAUGUUUUUGAAGUGUCUUAUGCUCACCAAGGCUGCAUUUAUUUGAUCAAAAAUACAAUAAAAUCAGUAAUAUUGUGAAAUAUUAUUACAAUUUAACUAAAAAGUUGAAUUUUUAGCACCAAUACUCCUGUCUUCAGUGUCACAUGAUCAUUCAGAAAUCAUUCUAAUAUACUGAUUUGCUUCUCAAGAAAUGUUUAUUAUUAUUAUCAAUGUUAUUAUCGCAGUUGUGCUGCUUAAAGCUUUUAUGGAAAGUGAUUCUUUUUUCUGGAUUCUUUGAUGAACAGGAAUUUCUACGGAAGAGGAUUAGGGCCAAGCAAUAAUAAAAAAAUAAAACCAUCUCGAGAUUAA